GGCGUAGAGGAACACAGUUUGUGUAUUUUGUGGCAACAAUCCAGUUUUGCCUAUUUUGAUUGCAUGUUUUGAAGGAUUCCAAUCAAAUUCUUUUCAACCCUAUGGGAAAAAGUGGGUUUGAAUUUGACUGAACUCUGGCUUAUUGCCAACAUACUGCCAUUUACUUCCACCUCGGACUUUACCAUAAGAUUGUAACCUUCUGUUUUGGUUUAUCUAAUCUCUUAAGACUGCAUUGCUGUAUACAUAUGAACAUUUUUUUCUGUCAUUUUUAAGGGCCAGCAAUAUACCAUGCUGUUUUAUAAAGUUUUAUAGGAAAAGGAGCAGUCCAUAUAUGUUAAAAGCUUACUAUCUGAAAUUGGCAAUGAGGAAGCAAUAUUUAGUGGGGAGUGUUAAGAAUAUUCAGCAUUUGCAGUAGGAGCCAGCUGAGGGCCAGCAUCACAUUCUUGAAACAAAGAAACAGCUCCCACUGGCAGGAAAUAUCUGGAGUGAGUACCUUUUAAAAGCUAGAAGCACAGGAGUCCCUCUCUUCGUGGUAUAGGGUGUGCACGCACAUGUGCCUGGAAGAUCUCAGAAGAUCAGCCCAACACAAUGCAGAUGUGAGCUCCGUUUGAGAAUUAUGGAUUUCAAUAGCUUGACUUUCAUCAUGAGUUCCGAGUUAAACGUCCCCGUAGACCCUCCUUCUUCUACCUGUUGUGCUGAGCCCACCGGCAAGGGCAUGGAUUACCGGGACUGGGUCCGUCGUAGCUACCUGGAGCUGGUCACCUCCAAUCAUCACUCUGUUCAGGCCCUUUCAUGGAGGAAAUUAUACUUGAGUCGAGCCAAGUUGAAAGCUUCCAGCCGGACCUCUGCUCUCCUCUCUGGAUUUGCCAUGGUAUGUUUUUCUCGCUGCUGGACUAUCACGAGUUUUCAGAUCUGUGAUCUGCGAUUAUUACUGUGGAACGGAGUUCCUUGAGAUCUUCACUAUGUU